AUGGAAGAAGCCGAGCAGGGCGGGCGGCAGGCCAACGCCGUCGGGGAGGACGACGCGGAGCUGGAGCGGCUCGGACACAAGCAGGAGCUGAAGCGCAACUUCUCCAUGGUGUCGAUGCUGGGCCUCGCCUUUGCCAUCCUCAACACGUGGACGGCCCUGGCGGCGUCCAUCUCGCUGGCCCUGCCGUCUGGCGGCGCCAGCUCCGUCAUCUGGGGGCUCAUGGUGGCCGGCAUCUGCAACCUGUGCCUCGCCGCGUCGCUGGCCGAGUUCCUCUCGGCCUAUCCCACGGCGGGCGGCCAGUACCACUGGGCCGCCAUCGUGUCGUGGAAGGGCUGGAGCCGCGGCAUCAGCUACUGCACGGGCUGGAUCAACGUUGCCGGGUGGGUGGCCCUCAGCGCCACCGGCGGCCUGCUCGGCAGCACCUUCAUCGUCAACAUCAUGGUGCUCUUCAACCCGGAUUACGAUGCUGCCCCGUGGCAUCAGUUCCUCAUCUACAUUGCCUUUGCCCUCUUCGCCCUCGUCAUCAACACCUUCCUUACCCGCCUGCUCCCCUACUUCACCAAGGCCGCCUUCUUCUGGUCCAUGGCCGGCUUUGUGAUCAUUUGCAUCACCAUCUUGGCCUGUUCGUCGCCCGACUACCAGAGCGGCGAGUUUGUCUACGGGCAGUUCAACAACGAAGUCGGCUGGCCCGACGGGCUGGCCUGGCUUCUGGGGCUGCUGCAGGGGGCGUUUGCCUUGACAGGAUUCGACGCAACGGCACACAUGAUCGAGGAGAUCCCCCGGCCGCAGGUGCAAGGGCCGCGCAUCAUGCUGUACUGCAUCGGCAUCGGCAUGCUGACGGGCUUCGUCUUCCUCAGCUGCCUGCUGUUCGUCGUCGACGACGUGGAGCGCGUCAUCAGCUCGCCGUCGGGGCCGCUGCUGCAGAUCUUCAUGGACGCCACGGGCAGCAAGGCCGGGAGCACGGCGCUGCUCAUGUUCCCGCUCGUGUGCAUGCUCUUCACCACGGUCACGCUCGUGUGCACGAGCAGCCGCAUGAGCUACGCCUUUGCGCGCGACGGCGGCAUGCCUUUCAGCUCCGUCUUUGCCCGCGUGCACCCGACGCUCAACGUGCCGCUCAACGCGCUGCUGUGGACCACGGGCUGGGUCGUCGUGUUUGGCUGCAUCUUCCUCGGCUCGACCAGCACCUUCAACGCCAUCACGUCGGCCUCGGUCGUCGCCCUCGGCGUCACCUACGCCAUCCCACCCUCCAUCAACGCCCUGCGCGGCCGCAGGAUGCUGCCGCCCACGAGGGCGUUCAAGCUGCCCGAGUGGCUCGGCUGGACAUGCAACCUGGUGGGCAUCGCGUGGACGGUCCUGACGACGGUGCUGUUCGUGUUCCCGCCGGAGCUGCCCGUGACGCCCGACAACAUGAACUACUGCAUCGUGGCCUUUGGCGUGAUCCUGCUCAUCUCGGGCACGACGUGGCUCGUCGACGGCCGCAAGAACUACAAGGAGCCGCGCCUCGACGUCCAGGGCAUGCUGAACGGCGAAAUCGAGGGCAUGGAGCCGCUGCAGUCCGACUCGGCCGAGGAUGCGGCGGCCCAGGCCGACGAGAAGAAGACGACGUGA